AUGAGCAAACCAGGCGGCAUCUCCUUCGGCCUUAACCUCUCCAAGAAACCAGGGCUCCAAAAAAAGCCCGCCCUCGCAAAACGGAAACCCUUUGGCGGCAACGAUGAUUCAGACGACGACGACAACAGCAGCAGCACAGCCAAGCCCGCCACCGGCAAGGUCCAAGCCAUUGGCGAACUAGACGGCUUCGAAACGCCCGGCGCAGCAGCGGCAUCCCGAACCCCGGAAGACGAAGACGACGCCCAGCGGCGCAAGGCAAAGGCCAGGCGAAACGCCCCGCCCGCCGCACCACCGACCCUCAAGGCGCGGACGAACCACGAGAGCGCGCUGUUCGGCGACCUGGCGGGCGCGCUGACGGCGCGGCGCAACGCCGCCGCCGCCGAGGCCGUCGAUUCGAGCGUGUACGACUAUGACGGCGUCUACGACGCGCUCAAGGCGGCAUCGGCGCGCGGAAACCGGACGGCGGACGAUGAUGACGGGGAGGAGGCCGAGGGCGGGGCGGCGCGCAAGCCGCGGUACAUGAAGAGCGUCAUUGCGGCGGCGGCGGUGCGGAAGCGCGACGCGCUGAUUGCCGAGGAGAAGAAGAUUGCGCGCGAGCGCGAGGAGGAGGGCGAGGCGUUUGCUGACAAGGAAAAGUUCGUCACCGAGGCGUACCGGAAGCAGCAGGAGGAGAACAGGCGCAUCGAGGCCGAGGAGAAGAGGCGCGAGGAGGAGGAGGAGCGGAAGAACAAGGCGGGCGGCAUGACGGCGUUUUACAAGGGCUUGCUGAACCGCGGCGAGGAGAGGCAUCAGGAGAUGAUGAAGGCUGCCGAGGAACAGGCCAAGAAUGCGCCUGCGGAGCGCGAAAAGAAGGAGGGAAAAGGGCAGCGGGACGAGGAGCAGCCUGACAAGGAAGCGACGGACGCCAACCGGGCGAGCGAGAUCAACAAGAAGGGCGGCAAGAUUGCCAUCAACGAAGACGGCCAGGUCGUCGACAAGCGCGAGCUGCUACGGGGCGGCCUCAACGUCGGCGCCAAGAAGGAGGCACAGGUCAGGAGAGAGGCCAGCCGGCCAAAGGAUGACGGGCACGACCGGGGUUCGGGGUCCGGCUUCAUCGGUGCUGGCGGCAAAGGCGCCAUGCGCGAGCGGCAGACGCGCAUGCUCGAGCAGCAGCUCGCCGAGUCGCUCAAGCGGUCACGCGAGGAGGAGGAACAGGAGCGCGAGAAGAUCGAGACGUCGGCCAAAUCGAGGAAGACGGAAGGCGAGAUCUCCAGCGCCAAGGAGAGAUACCUGGCGAGAAAGCGCGAGGCGGAAGAGGCAAAGAAGAAAAAGGCGGCUGAGUAG